UGCAAAAUGAAGGUGUUUUUGCUUUUGGCAAUUUUUGCGCUCGCAGCAUCGGCUGCUCCAUUGGAGGAUGACGACGUUGCUCGCGUCAAUGGCGAGAAUGGUUGGUAUGUACCACAGCUUGAUGGCUCAUUUGUCUGGAUGACCACAGAAGAGGGUGAAAAUCUGCUUGCUGAAUUGGAAAGCCAAGAAGAAAUAGAAAGCAGACUCAGCACUUCGCCUGUCACCUACUACCUCUACACCAGGACAAAUCAAUAUAGUGCAAAAAAAAUUACCGCUGACUCCCAGUCAAUUUCGAGUUCGAAUUUCAAUGGUGACCAUCCCACUCGUUUUGUGAUUCACGGCUGGACACAGAGUUAUGAAGCUGAAAUGAAUAAAAUAAUUCGUGACGCUUGGCUUUCAAAUGGCGAAUACAACAUCAUUAUUGUGGAUUGGGGUCGUGCGCGAUCCGUUGAUUAUGCUUCCUCCGUUGUGGCUGUACCCGGUGUGGGAAAGAAAGUGGCUGGCAUGAUUGAUUAUUUGGUGAAAAAUCAUGGCAUGUCAUUGGACGAAACCGAAGUGAUCGGUCAUAGUUUGGGUGCACAAGUUGCUGGUUUUGUUGGCAAGAAUGUGGGCACGGGUAAGAUUCAUGUCAUUGUUGGUUUGGAUCCUGCCCUCCCACUUUAUAGCUACGAUAAGCCAAACAAACGACUCAACGAGGACGAUGCCUACUAUGUGGAAUCCAUCCAGACAAAUGGUGGUAAAUUGGGUUUUCUGAAACCCAUUGGCAAGGGCGCUUUCUAUCCGAAUGGUGGUGAGAAGCAACCGGGUUGUGGUCUUGAUUUGACUGGCUCCUGCAGUCACGGCCGCUCCUGUAUCUACUACGCUGAAGCGAUUCAAGAUAAUAAUUUCCUCUCUAUGCGUUGCGAUGACUACGAAGAUGCGGUGAAAAAGAGUUGUGGCGGUCAGUACAGUGGCAUCAAAAUGGGAGCAGUUUACAACUAUGAACUCGUGGGCGGAGAUUAUUAUGUGCCUGUACACAGCUCGGCUCCAUUUGGUUAUGGUAGUGAAAGUUAAGUUUUGAUGAAAUA